AUGACAUGCGACGUGACAAACAUGAAAAUCAACAUAAACAUCAACAUCAACGAAGAUAUCAACUACAGAGUGAAAAACAAACAUAUUUCCGACAGCGUAUCAUACACAUUGAUACCUCCACCACGGAUCAUGAGAAGUUCACGCUCUUCCCCACAAUCUGCGGGCUUCAAUUCGAAUUCAAACAUGGACAUAACAGAAGAAAUUCUUAGUCCUCAAGACGCGGCUGGCAUAGAAUUGGACAAUGAAAUAGCUUCACUACAGGAGCAAAUCACCUCAUUAAAAGAUCAACGCCGCCUUCAAACAGCUACUAUCCUUUCCUCUCAAGCUUCAAAAUCCAUUUUGUCGAAUUUGCGAAAGUCUUCCUCUAAAACGAAACCUGCCCAAUUUACUACUCCUAUAGACUCCGAUCCACUGCUUGCGACUUCCGCGGCUCAAAUAACUCAUAAUCUUGAGAAUCUAUAUCGCGCAUGCGCAUCAAUCACAUCCUUCCAAAUUCAAGAUCCGGACCCGAAUGCUGUAGACAAUGGGCAUGUGUUGGGACUUCGAAUUGAAGCCAGCAGUGCUGGGAAGUUUGUUCGACCUUAUUAUAUAAUGUUAAACAAGCCAUAUCCAGGAUUAACAGCACUAAGAAUACAUCGACACACAGUGCCUCCAUGUAUCCCUUUGGCUAGCUUGGCCGCGAAAUAUUUGCCUGCUCCUAAAGUCGCUGAGGGGGUCGUCAAAGAGAAACGACAAGAUUUGACUGCAUUUGUACGGAAAUUACGACGAGAGAUUACAGGUUAUCAUUUACGUAUCGCAUCCAUUAAACAUUUACGAAAAGGGUUCUCUUUGGAUGAGGAAUUAAGCAGGAAAGGGAAAGAAAAGGAGCGAGAGAUAGCAGAUAUCAGUGCUGCUGAUGCGGAAGCAAAGCAAGUGAGGAUUGAGUGGAUAGAUGGAAAGGUUGGUAGAUGCGUUGUAGGGAUGAAUGGGGAAGUCGUCAAAUGUGUCAUAAUCGGAGAGGAUGGGCGUGAUCGUGAGACGGAAAGAAGGGUAAUGGGCGGAGAUAAAAGAAUGGAGGGAAUCGCUGACAGAUUGAUGGAGGGUAUGUAUUGAGAGUUUUGAUUUGAGGUUGGGGCUGGGGUUUGAGGAGUUGAUUGUUUAUUGUUUAUUGUUUACAAAUACCCCCGGGAACUUAGGCGGCUCUGCACCACGGCACCUAUCAAUUUUUAUCGCAGUUGCUUCUUUCGACCAAGAUUAAUACGAUCUAUCGCGUCAAUGAAGUAUAUAUCCCUGAGCUGGAACGUAAGGUACUCACUGAGUGAUAGUGGUACGGGCUUGGAGGCCAGCCGACUUACUCCAAGCACCAGAUACCAUGAAGAUAAUUCAGUGAAAUAACAGGGCUCUCUUAGAGAUUCUAGAAGGCGCUCUAUAACACACUAUUAGCGAAGUUUCGGCUGGCCUAACUUAAAAAAAAUUGACUAUUCUUGAUGUGAGCCAGACUUGAACUUUGAUGAUGCGCACAUAGUU